AUACGAUGGACACAUCUUUCUACUUUGAAAAUAAAAUAAAAUAUUAAAAUAAAAUAAAAUAAAUUUGAAAAUAAAAAUCGUGUGGCGUGUUUCCAUAAUUACAGCGCGACUACUAUAUACAAACAAAUACUGUAUCCAGACAAAAUUAAACGACACUACCUAUAAUAGUGUGUUAUGAUCUACCUAGCUGUACUAUUACUAUCAGUUUUUUUUGAAUUUUUCUUUGAUCAUAUUAUACCUAUACAGACUUACAUGAAUAUGGUUAUACUAUAAAUAUUUAUAGUUUAUAACACAAAAUAAAAUAUAAUCUAUUUGAAUUCGUUCAUUUAGUGGUUUUUUUUUUUCAUUAAUUCAUUAAUUAUUGUUGUUUUGUUCAAUAAGCUGCUGCGCUAUUUACACAAUGUCUACACCAGAAGACAACAAAAACUCGUUGGAGGAAGAUUUAAAUUCAGGAGAAAAAUCUGACACGAUCGAAAAGUUUGACAGAAUCUGAGAAUUUACAACUAAUUAUUUUUAAUUGUUAUUCAAUUUCUAUACAGGGACUUGCCAUUAGAAAAACUUUUGAAAUUAUCAAAAUCAUUCAAGACUGGUAUUGAUGAAAAUUUGAAUAAAUUUAAAGAUGAAAAAAUGUCCAUGGUAAAUGAAAUGUCUAGUAUGAGUUCUACAGUAAUACCAAAUGAAAAACAUAUCGAAACAAAUGAUUUUUCUAAAAAGCAAUCACAGAAUAAAUACAAUAAGGAGGAUUCCGAAAAUUUUUUAUUGGAAGAAAACUCUAAAACACUUAGAGUUUUAGAACAAGAAUUGAAAAUUUUAUUAGAUUCCUUUGGUGUGCAACACAAUAAAAAUGAAAUUAAACAAGAUCUGCAGGAAAAAGAAAACAAUCAUAUUAUUCGCACACCAUCUCGACAAAACAAAAUUGGCGAACUACAUCCAAUGAUAGACUUUGAUCAAACUAGUGAUGAAAAAACGAAUUAUAAUAAGAAGAUCCUCGAAGUAGAAAAUAAAUGCCAAUAUUGGAUGGACAAAUAUGAUGAAUUACACGACAAAUAUUUGCUACUGGAAUCCAAACGUAUUUGCAUCGAAAAAGAAAAUUGUAGUUAUCAGAUGGAAAUUUCAAGAAUUAAAAUGAUGGAAAAUGAAAAUUUGCGUCUAAACCAAGCAAUAGACAAAUCGAAUCGAGUUCGUAAGGAAUUAGAAGUUGCACUAGAAUCGAGCCAUGAAGUUGUUUAUAAAUAUCAGACAGACGUGGAUGUCGCCAGAUACAGAGUUAAAGAAGCAAUUGAAAUGGUAGAAAAAACAUAUUCAGAAAAAGAUAAACUUUUAAUGGAUUUAAAAAAUUCAAAUGAAAAAAUUGUCAAAUUAGAAAAUGAGCUUACAAAUUUAAUACAAGAAACCGGUACAAAAGUCAACUUAGAAGUGGAAAAGGUGGAAACAUGUUACAAAGACAAAUUACGUGAGGCUAAUGUUGAAAUUGAGUUUCUACGUACGGAAAAACAAAUUAUGUUUAAUAAAACCGAACAGAUAUCUAAAGAGUAUGAAAUUAUAGAUAAGAAAUAUAAAUCUAUCAGUCAGAAGUGCGAGAAUGAACCAGAUGUAUACUCUAAGAAAUUGACAAUGUUUACCCAACAAAUCAAAGAGUAUGAAAACACAUUCAGCAAUUUAAUAGCAGAUAUUCAAAUUCUUAAAGAAACAAAUAGGAAACUACAAAAGAGUUACGCGAGAAAAAAAAAUAAAUAUGUAAUGGAAAUAGCGUCUUUAAAGGAUACAACAAAAUCACUAGAAAAUCAUUUAAACAAAGCAAUAAAUGAAAUAUCUGAAAAUAAUGGAAUCAUUUUGGGAGCAUCAGAUAGAAUAAAAACACUGGAAUUGGAAAUUAGUAAAUUGAAACGACCAGAAGACAAUUUUGAACAAAAAGAAACGCAAAUUAAUGAACUUAUUCAACACGUAGAAGCACAAAAACAAGUGAUGGAGAUGUGGAGAAAUGAAAUGCACAAUAUGAUUGAAGGAUUUUAUCAACAAAUCAAUCAUCUAAAAUAUCACUGCUGUACACUUUAUACAAAAAAUAGAAAACUAAGACGAAUAAUAAAUAAUUCAAAAUUUAGAUCUAAAUAUUCGAUUAUCAAAAAAAAACAAAUUUGCAAUAGAAGGAGGAAUAAAAAGUAUGAGAAAUAUUUAAUAAUUAGGUACGUUUAUUGUCCACUAAAAUUGUAUAUUCUAUUCUUUUUUUUUUAGAUCAAAUAUUUCAUCAAUGUCAAGGUCACGUAAUUCUCUGUGAUGGAUAAUAUAUUAUUAUGUUGUUAUAUUUUGUUAUUGAUAUUAUGUUAUUAUAAAUAAAAUAUUAAAUUGUUA